AUGGUUGAAUCAGAAGAUGCCAUCUUUGAGGAGAGAGAAGAGCUCAUGUUGUCACCAACUGGUGGAAAUCCAACCCUCAGAAUAGCCCAUUUUCUAAAACCCUCUGUGGUCUCCACUGAUGAACUUCCUUCACCUUUUCUCUCUGCUGAACCCACCAUUUCUGAGCUUGAGAAUUUGCCUAUGAAGGUUCAGUUCAAAGGUUGGCAAAGUCCACAUGUGAAGUGGAAAAUGUGGGUCGGAAACUUGCAUUCCAAGUACCAAUCCAUGUGGAAGAAAGCUGGAAUAUAUGAAGCAAUAAUGUGCUCCAAAUAUUCAAUCUUUAGACAACAAGAUUUGGUUCUUGGUCUUGCUGAAAAAUGGUGUACUAAGACCAACACAUUCAUCUUCCCUUGGGGAGAAGCCACUAUUACUUUGGAAGAUAUGAUGGCUUUAGGGGGCUACUCUGUUUUGGGUGACUCUGUUUUAAGCCCUCUUGUUACCAAAGAAAUGGAAGAAAUUCAUGAGAUCUUGCUUGACGCACUAAAAAAAACUGCGACAAGCGGUAGCAUCAUAGCCAGUCAGCAUUCAUGGCUAGAACAUUUCAUGGGGAAUGGGAGCAAAUAUGAGCAUGAAGCAUUCCUCUCAUAUUGGUUGUCUAAGUUUGUCUUCCCAAUGCCUCAUUAUCGUAUUGAAAAGCGAAAUUUUCCACUUGCAAUACAUUUGGCUAGAGGAACUCAAAUUGCACUUGCGCCAGCAGUCCUGUCUAGUGUUUAUACUGAUUUGGGUUUGCUGAAAGAGAAAUUAUUUGCCUCAAAAAAAUUGGAUUAUAAAGAGGUUCUUAUUUCUGCGCCUUUUCAAUUAGUCCAGCUUUGGGCUUGGGAGAGAUUCACAACAUUCCGGCCGACUCCUAUAUCCAUCACACCAGGUGAGCCAAGGCCAGCUCGCUGGCACAAAGUGAAACUAUUGGGUAUUGAGAAUGUGAGGUUGGCUAUAGACUCUGCUGGAGAAGAUUUUCUGUGGCGCCCUUAUGCUAUAGCAUUGAAUCAUAAUUGGUUGUUUCCUAAGUUCUAUGGAGAUAAAGAACAAUGGGUGUCAGUUGAUGCUGCGUUAGACAAAGGUUUGGAGUCUUAUACUCGAUGCUUAAGAGCAUGUGAGCUUGUUGGAGUACAAUCCAUUCAACAGUACCUCCCACACCGAGUCGCAAUGCAAUUUGGAAUUGAUCAAGAUCUUCCAGGUCAUGUUGCUCGAUACAGUAUGAACCUGAGUAUUGCUUGGAGCCAUUACAAUAGGUCAAUUGGAGAUGCAAAAUUAUACAUACCACCACGCCUUUUUGAGGCAGAUGUUACCAAGCGAUACUUUGAGUGGUGGAGGCAAUCAGUGUCUGAUCAAAAGGAUGCAAUUAAGAAUUUUGUUACCCGGCCUCAAAAUUCAAGAAUUCCCCAAGUUUAUUCUGGAAAGAUGGAAAAUUACAAUGUCUUUGUUCUGCCUAGUUCUUCUGUGGAAUGCCAUAAAGUGGACAUAAAGGAUUCUGUCAAGAAAACUAACCUCUUGGGAACUUUGAGUGAGAACAAACUGGCUAUUGAUGUUAAGCCUUUGACAGUCUCUUUAUCUCAAAGUAUAUCACACUCAACGGCAGAUGAUGGAGCUCCUAAAAAGGACUCGAUGAUAAUACCAGAGCCAAAGGUCACGCCGAGUGAAGGUUCAAUGGGUGAAGCAGGGAAAAGUGUGGCAGGUACAACUGUGAGAGAACUGGGACGUUCAACCAAGGUUGCAUUGCAUGUCAAACAUAAUGAUGGGGAAAACAGUAACCAUUGCAUAACUGAGAAGCCAGCAUUGGAGCUUGAGGCUCGAAUAAGCAGGCUUGAGAGAGUAGUUGCUGAGCUAAAAGCAGCAAGAGCUAAAUAG